AUGGAUAGUUACUACUACUAUCACCGUCACGCAAAGCGGAUGCAUAAAACGGUGUACAAGCCAACACAUCUAUCUCUGCUCGCUUUCGCUUCUAUACGAGAUAAAUUAAUUCCCAAGGAAAGUGGGAGAAGAGUGCAGGAUGAGAAAAGUGCAAGAUCCAAAGAUCUCCCUCGUACUAAAUUAAGUCUCUCUAUGGUGCAUAAUAUCAAUAAUACUACCUGGAAGCACGAUACACCUUACACCUAA